GUUUUUUUCACAACUCUCGUCCCAACGUUUUUUUUUUUUUUUUCUCUGAGGACUAGCCAAACACACAGACACACACACAAAAAAAACAAAACAAAAAAAAAGCCGCUACACAGUUUUAUCGUUCACCCCAGUCCCGAACGAAGAAGAAGAAAAAUUCAUUUCAAGAACUUUAAAGAAAAAAAUUGUUGGCGGGUUCGGUUGUGUCGCACUUGCGCGCGUCCAUCAAAAAGAAAAAAAACAAACAAACAAAAAACAAAUCAGCCAUCCGGAAAAGAACAAGAACAAAAAGAAAAAAAGAAGCAAAUCCUCUUUUGUUCUUGAUGUUUAGUUUGUUCUCUUUUUUUUUGUUGUUGUUUUUGUUCAGUUGUUAACCCGUCGAAUCAAAGGACAUCAAAACAAACAUUUUUUUUUUUUUUUUUUUUUCACGAAAAAGAACUUGACUGAGUGCGUGUGUGUGUUUCAGUGUGUGUCUCUCGAGUGAAAACAAUUGUGUGUGUGUCGAACCGAUUUGCGAAACAAAACAAAAACAAAAAAUAGUUUGGCUUUUAUCUUUUUGACUUGCGGUUUUGUUUUUUUUUGAAAGCCGCACUUGUGCCCGAUUGGUGCGUGCGUGACUCUUAUUUAUAUUGUCGUUCGUUUUCGAAUGUGUGGACGGCGAGUCUCAGCCGUUACGGCAAUUUGCGCUGCGUCGCCAUUAGAGUAGAGGAGCCCAUCGCUGCACACACCCAUUUUUUUUUUUUUUUUUGUUUUGUGGCCAGUUUAACACACUAAUUGCUGCUGUAUUACCAUAACAAGCAAAACAAAGAAAAGAGAAAUAAAUAAAUAGUGUUGUUGCAAAGUGGUUUCAAGUGCGCGCGCGUGUUCGCCAUUCAUUCGACACAACUCAUCACACGAAAUUAUGACCACUAUGUCGAGUUAUUCACAGUUCGGCUAUCCGUACAGCGCCGCCUCACAGUUAUUGAUGUCGACGGGAAGUCCGUCGGGUGGUGGGCCAGCAUCUUCUUCAUCCUCAUCGUCGUCUUCAUCGUCUUCAGCGGCCGCGUUGGCCGCGUCCGGGGCGGCCAGCCCGGGCGGAGGUGACAGCGUCAACGCUGACGGCCCGGCCAACAAUUUAAACGCCAACGCAUCGUCGGCCGCUGGAUCGGGAGCCGCGUCACCUUGCUGCGACUCUGGCCGGCCAUUGGUCACCGAUCCGGUCACAGGUCAAACAGUUUGCUCGUGCCAGUACGAGCGACUCCAAGCUCUGCAGAACGGGUUGGCCGCCGGUUACGGACCGGCCGCCGCGGCGGCUGCCGCUCGCCUAGCCGCCGUCUCCUCGGCCGUGACCGGCGUGACGGGCCUUCACGGCGUCUACAGCGCUGCCUACCCAUCAUCCGACCAGAACCCGUACCCUAGUCUGGGCAUGGACAGCACGACGGCCUUUUACUCAUCCUUGACCAAUCCGUACUCGCUGAAAGAAGCCGGAACGGGAGGAAGCGACGUUUCUGCUUGGUCGACCGCACCAGGACUACACCAGUCGGCGCCCGGCUAUUAUCCAUACGAUCCAGCUCUAGCCGCUUAUGGGUACGGGGCCAGCUAUGAUUUAGCUGCCCGCCGUAAGAACGCCACCCGCGAAUCGACGGCGACGCUCAAGGCCUGGCUGUCGGAGCACAAGAAGAACCCGUACCCGACCAAAGGCGAGAAGAUCAUGUUGGCCAUCAUCACGAAAAUGACGCUGACCCAAGUCUCCACCUGGUUCGCCAACGCCCGACGACGACUCAAGAAGGAGAACAAGAUGACGUGGGAGCCGAAAAAUCGCAACGACGACGACGACGACGACUGCGACAGCGGCCGAAGCGACGACGAAUCCUCUUCGCCGACGCACGGCAAACAGCACCAUGGCAAGAAGAUGAAACACUCCAAACUCGACAAAGAUGAUGGCGACGACAAGAGCGAUUGCGAUGAUGAUUCACGUGGCUCCGUGUCCCCUCAUUCCAUCGGCAGCAAUUCGUUGAACCACCUGGUCCAUCCGCACCAUCACCACCACUUGGUUCACCCUCAGCACGGCCACCAUCAUCACGGUGGGGACGUGUCCGUCUCCGUGUCCGUCUCCAAUUUGAUGAACAACCCGUACCAUCACCAUCAGAUGGCCGGCUAUGCGUCCUCGGCUCACGGCGGCUCCGUCAUGGACAUGCACCAACAACAUCAACAGCAACUGUCCUCGCCGACAUCGUCGUCCUCUUCGGCCAAGCCCAAGAUCUGGUCGCUGGCCGAUAUGGCCGCCUGUAAGACACCACCGCCGCCCAACGCUCACCUGGCCGUCUCGGCCAACAACGGUGGCGCUGGCAGUCAGAUGAUGGCGGCGGCCAUGAUGCAUCCAGCGGCAGCGGCGGCCGCAGCCGCAGCCGCCGCCGCGGCUCAUCACCACCACCACCAUUUGGCGGCCGUCGGUCCGCCCAAUCACCAUUCCUGGUUUUCGGGAGUCAACGGACCGAUGAGCUCGAUGGCCACCAUGACUGGUGGUAGCAGCAUGAUGAACGGCAUGUCCAACAUGGCGGCCAUGAACGCCAAAAUGGCCGCCGGAUUCGGAUCGUACGGACGCUAUCCGAGUCUGACGGGCUACAGCAACGGCUACGCCGGCUCGUCGGCGUCCAGCGCCGCCUACAACGGGUACACGGACGCCGUUCAGACGGACACGCCGCCGCAGACGCCGCCCAACUUGAAGUUGAACAGCGGCAACAACCUGGGCCAACAUCAAUACCAUCCCUACGUCUCGCCUCAACAACAACAGCAGCAACAACAACAACAGCAGCAACAACAACAACAACAGCAGCAGCAGUUGAAUCGAUUGAACCCGAUCCACGCGACGCCCUUGCCGCCGACGAUGAGCGCCGGCACGUCGACGGGCGCCGAUUCCGACAUGCCCAGUCCGGGCUCAUCAUCGCGGAGCCAACAUUUGCCUAUGGCCGCGCCCUCUACCACGCCUUCGUCGGCUGUCCCGACCGCAGCGUCCGCCAUGAUGACCGCCCCGCCCGCCUCGCAACACGGUUCGCCCAUCAAUAGUUCAGAAUCAGCGUCGUCUUCGACAGCCUUUCGUCCCGUCUAUAGAACGUCUCCUAUUGGUGGAUCGGGCUACGCGUCGUGAUUCCACACCCUAUGCAAUCAAUAUGCAAAACAAGCAAACUUUCCACCGACAUUAGUUUUUUAAAAAUGAAUUAUCCACACACGGAUAAUGGAAUAGAGCCUACGUACAACCAACGGGCCUGCGUCUAUUCAAUUAGCCGUUCAAAAAGGGCGUGAACCAAAGGACGUACUACUUAUAUCAAUAGCGUAAAUGGUAAAUAUCAUUGCGCCAUUCCAUCAACAUAGAAAUAGACGUGAAACGUUGUGUAGUUCGACGUUGUGCAAGGCGACAUUUCAACUUGUAUCGGAUUCAAAAUAAAAAGGGGGACUACGACACGGAGCGAAAUUAAAAAGAAAAGGAACCCAGUGCAAUCUCUUUGCGUUUCCCCUUGGUAUUUUCAAAAAAAAAAAAAAAAAUCAGCUGUCUCUGCUUUAAAAAUGCUAAAAAAAAAAUCUGUUAGUUUGUGUACAUGUUUGAUUUUAGACAAAGAGAUCCAUCCCCCUUUUUUUUUUUUUUUUUUUUGAGAACUCCAUGACUUUUAAUCAAAUUCAUUCGUCGAGACAUUUUCGUAGUGACGUCACGCCGGCUGACAUCCAUCGUGUACAAACAAAAAAUAUGAUUUUCGAUUUAAAAAAAAAAAAAUGGCUGAACCCUCCCCACCUUUUCAUUCUUAUACUUGUCCCAAAAAAAAACAAAAAACAAAACACACACUAUACUACAUACAUUUAUAUCUGUGAUAGUGUUUCCCUAUACAUUAUUACAUAACCCCCUCCACCAACCCCAUUUGCUUUGUAUCUUUCCUUAUUGAUUCGUGCCCCUUUUUAUUAUUUCGGCCAUCCCUUCGAAAAUGCUUCUUUAAAAAAAAAUUUUAAAACAAAAAAAAAAAACAAAAAAAAAAAAAAAUUUAAAAGAAAGGCAAUUAACGCUUCACCCCCCCCCCUCUUCCGAUUAUUGUCAUAGUUAUGUCUACACAUUGAAAUAUGAAAACUGUUUGCACCACCACUUUGUUUUUUGUUUUAUGCUUGUCCAUAACGGGGAAUGGAUUGCGGACGUGUGUACAUGGCGAAAUGUCCUCUAGUUGUUAGCGCACUUUUGCCGUGAGGGAAACAAAGGGCAUUUGGAUUAGAACCUUUUGUUUUCCUUUUCUCGAUAUUGUUUUGCAUACGCGUAUACAUAUAUGAUGUAAUAGAUAUAUCGUUCAAAAUCGACACGUUGGAUUUUACAUUACCCUUCCCCGGGCAAAAAAAAUGAAUGCACCCUUUCGUUUGUCCCUGCAACUCUAUAAAUAUGUACUCCUGAAAACAAAACAAACAAAUGCAAAAGAUUUGGAUAUUAUUAGUUAAAAUUUGCAUAUAAUUGUUCUUUAUUAUUUUUUUAGAAAGGCGAAUUCCGUUCCUUUUUUUUUUUUUUUUUUGCUUUUUUUUCGUGUGUGUGCAGAAUGAAAGAAACGCGGCAAUUUUGUAUAUAUAUAUAAAAAAAAACAAACAACUAAUUGUGUUGUCCAGCUUGUUUUUUUUUUUUUUUGCCCUGUUGUCGGUGGUGGUGCAAACACACAGAGAUCGGUGCGUUUUCAUUUUCACUCGAUCGCGGCUCUAUCCGGGUUGCACCUUCCCCCCCCCCCCCCCUGCCCCUCCAAAAAAUAGAAGAGAAACAAAAACACACACAAAAACACUGAAUCCAUUUCAUUAUAGCUUUUUAUGUGCGUGCGUGUGUGUGUGAAUCAUCUUUUCGUUUUCAGUUUGUGCCUACCUUUAACACGUUUCCAUUCUCAUCCAUUUGUGUUGUUUUUGGAUCGUCCUGCCCCCGCCCCCUCCCUGCCGCCGCCCUUUCGAAGAAAAUAAUAACCUGAUGAUGCUGAAUGUCAACCGUUGCUGUCUGACCGAUGAAAAUAUAAAAACCAGAUGAACUUAA